GCCAGCCCAGGCCCCAUGCUGCUCUGGACAGUUGCACUGCUCUUCGUUCCCUGUGUAGGGAAAACUGCCUGGCUGAACCUCCAAGUGCAGCCAGGCCCCGUGUUUGAAGGGGAUAUCCUGACUCUGCGAUGCUGGGGAAAGAGGAACGCAGCACUGUCCCAGGUGAAAUUCUACAGGGACGGAAAAUUCCUCCAUCUCUCUAAGGACAACCAGACUCUGUCCACGGGAACAGCAACAGUGAACAGCAGUGGCCGGUACAGCUGCACUGGACAGGUGACAUACAUGCAAUAUCCCACCCCUCUCGUGAGCUCCGUGGUGGGAGCCCGGAGCCCACUCCCCCGUGAGGGGAGCCAGAGGUCAGCCUGGCAGCUCCUCUUCUCCUUGCACAAGGAGGGCCACACCCUGCAGGACAGGAGCCUCCACCCAGAACUCUGCAUCCCAGCAGCCGAGGAGGGAGACUCCGGGCUUUACUGGUGCAAGGCGGCCCUUGAGGGUGGCUGGGUCCAGAAACAAAGUCCCCAGCUGGAGGUCAGGGUGAAGGGAGGACGGGGAGACCCUCCCCAGGGGCCUGGGCACCUGGGGGGUCCCGCUGACCCUUCCAAACUUUGUGGAGCUCCUCCCCUCCGAUCCUCAUUCUACCUCAAUGGGGACACCCUGCGGAACCACGUGGCUCCCCAUGGUGGAGCCGUCUCCUUCCUCUUCCCGGUGAUGUCAGAACAGGAUGCUGGGGACUACACCUGCGAGGCUGAGAACAAUGUCUCCAAAGAGACAAGCAAGGCUGAGACACUCUCCGUGGAUGGUCCUCGCGUCUUAUCUGCCCCCACUAGCAACAACUGGCUGGUUCCCUGGUUGCCUGCAAGCCUGCUUGGCAUGAUGGUCAUCGCUGCUGCACUUCUAGGGUAUUUCAGACCCCGGAGAAAAACCGGGCCCCUUCCACCCCAGAAUCUGCCCCCAGCCACAGGUGGAGAGGAACACCUACUGUAUGUCAAUGUUCAUUGCCAGAAUGAGAACGAUGAAGGGGUUGUCUACUCUGUGGUACGUACGAUCCCAAAGGAGAGUGAAAGCCAGGCCUGCCCAGUCAGCCCGGCGGGAAACGGUGAGAUGGGACCCCUGCUCUUUGCUCAUUCUCUGUGUGACGUCUACUUCCUCACCCUGACCUGA